UCCAUCUCUCCAUGUUUCUCAGUAAAGUCUCAAUUUUUUUUCCUUUAUUUUUUCCGGCAGCGGUAGAAGCAAAGCAGACUAUGUCCAAUUUCCAUGGUUUGAUGCUUGGUGUUUUAUAAAGCUGUACCAAAUUCUUAAUCCCAAAUUCUCAUUCCUCUCUCUCAGUCGCUUUCUUCUUUUAUGUUUCGUACAUAAACAUAGAUACACAAAUCUCUUCUUCUCUUUUCUAUUCUUGGGGACAAACCCUCUCCGUUGACAAUUUAAAGAGAGAUUAGGAACCAAAUCUUUUCUGUUGAGCUUUUUCGAAAAAUAUUUUUGUUUCUCACCAGCCACCGCUAGCUGCCAGGUACUACACACUCUGAUUUUGCUACUUGUUCAUUGAUUAUCAUUUUUAACCUAGUUUUUGUUUUCAUUUCAAUCUGGGAAAUUCUGAGUUUGACGGCCUAUAUAGAAGCCUUAAGGAUGAACACAACCGGCCUUUCAAACGGCACCAUACUCAAAAGAAUUCAACCAAAUCGAAAAAUGAAGCUGGAAUCUCCAUCAGAACAAUUACGUUUAUUGAGUGAAAUUCCAAAAGUAAUUUCAGAAAUGGUUGAUACCAGAGAAGACUCCUCCAAAGAAGAUAAGCUUGAGCAAAAUGAUUUGUCAGAAUUAGCCAUUGGCGAGAACUGUAGCUCUUUUGAACAAUACUCCAUACAUGAUGGUUUUGCUCGAUGUCUGGAUAAGCUAACAAAUGUUGUAGUGACGACUCAGGAGCCAAAUAUAUUAGUUGGUGUUAAUAGCCCUAUAGUACAGCAGUUGAGUUAUAGCGCCAAGAUAUGGAAGGUAUAUUCCAAGAAAGGGAAGAUAGGAACACAUGGAAGAGACUUGGGGCUAGAGAAGGUAUAUUCCAGGAAAAAGAAGAUAGGAACACAGAAGAAACUUAGGGAAGGUUAUGCUUUUUAGAUAUUGAGUGGGGCCAGGAAGAUUAUAAGACGGGAGGUGGUUGUGAAGAGGGUAUGGACAUGGUUUUUUAUGGAAGGCAAGAUGCAUUUUGGUUUAAUGGAAUCGGCUUAGGGUCUAGUUAGGCAGGAAGUUGGCAUUUAUCUGCUGCUGCUGCUGAGUUUGUUAUGCUUGUUUCCAUUUUCUACUCAUGUACUCUGAUCUGUCAGUAUCAGUUCAAUAUAAUAUAGCCUUUUAAUUUUUUACUAUGCAGUAAAGGAUCAAUAUAAUCCAAGGGUGAUAUUUUAUUAUUUCUGUUAUUAUAUUUGAUUGACUAUAUCCUUGUAUGCAUUUCAUUUUGUUCAUUGAAUAUUAAAAUGUUUUUUCUAAGACGAAUUUCAUC